AUGGCGGGUCUCGGUGCAGUCAUCCCGACCAUAGAUUUGAAAGAGUUUCCGGAUGAGAUCUUGAAUCAGAAACUCCGUGAAGCGGGUGAGAGGUGGGGAUGUUUCAGGGUGAGUAACCAUGUGAUCCCAUUGUCUCUAAUGUCCGAGAUGAAGAAGACCGUUAUGGAUCUCUUUGAACGUCCACAAGAGGUGAAACUGCGUAACACUGAUGCGAUACCAGGAAGUGGCUACUUGGCUCCAAGUGUAACCAACCCUUACUAUGAAACAUUGGGUCUAUAUGACACAACUUCUCCUCAAGCUGUCGAUACCUUUUGUGACCAACUUGACGCUUCUUCGGAUCAAAGGGAGAUUCUAGUGAAGUAUGCGGCAGCUAUUGAUAAACUUGCAAAGGAUUUAGCAAGGAGAUUAGUAGAGAGUUACGGCCUGGUUGAUACAAACUUCUUCGAAAGAUGGCCGAGCACUUUCCGGAUUAACAAGUAUCAUUUUGAAACCGAAACGGUCGGGAAACUCGGUGUGCAACUACACACAGAUUCAGGGUUCUUGACGGUUCUUCAAGACGAUGAAAACGUUGGUGGGCUUGAAGCCAUGGAUACUUCUUCAGGAAGCUUCGUUCACGUGAGCCCCGUGCCAAACACGCUUGCUAUCAAUCUCGGAGAUACGGCUACGAUAUGGAGCAAUGGGAGGUUGUGCAAUGUGAAGCACAGAGUGAUAUGCAAAGAAGCAAAAACGAGGAUUUCUAUCGCAUCCUUUUUGUUAGGACCAAUGGAAACAGAUGUUGAGGUUCCGAGUAAGUUUGUGGAUGCUCAACACCCGCGGUUAUACAAGCCAAUCAGCUACGGAGGGCUACGUAAACUUAGAGACGCUACGAAAUUGCGUGAUGGAGAAGCUCUCAAGCUUAUAACACAUGAAGGAGUUGAAUGA